AUGCAGCCGGACGAAAGAACACCACUAGUCUCGCUUCACCAUCGCAACGGGAAACCAUCAUCAUCAUCAUCAUCAUUGCUGGUUGGCAACUUUUCUCCACGAGCAUCAUCAUCAUAUUCCAAGCUAUUCCGCCCCAUAAUUACCGCCCUCGCUCUCCUCAGCAUACUCCUCUACACUUUCCAUUCCAGAUACCCCUUUCCGAUCCCAUUUCUAAGUCGUCAAUCCGCUUAUCCAUCCUUGGGGCCCAGCUUAACCUUGCGCUUAUACACCAACAACAUCAGAUUUGACAAUUUCCAACACCCGGACCGCCACGAGAAACCAUGGCUGAAACGGCGCGUGCAGAGCAUCAACUCGAUGGAGUUCAACACCAUCAGCGGCCACGCCAACGUCAUUUGUCUUCAAGAAGUGCUCUCGAACCAAUUAACUGAUAUCAUCAGGGGGCUCAAUGAAGGAUUAGGCGUCGAUGGCGAAUGGCACUAUUGCGGCGUGGGACGCACUGAUGGUGUAGCGCAGGGGGAAUUCGCGCCCGUGAUAUAUAAGAAGCUGGACUUUAUCGUGUUGGAGAACGCUACGUUUUGGCUUAGUGAUACGCCCGCUGUGCCCAGUAAAGGCUGGGAUGCCGCGUUGGAGCGAAUCGUCACUAUGGUGACGUUGCAGAGCCGAGUCAACCCCUUGAUCAAGUUUAAUGUCUUCAACACGCAUUAUGACCAUCGCGGCAAAGUAGCCCGCAGGAAAAGUUCGCAGUUGAUUGUUGAUAAGAUGAAGCACUAUAAUCUGUACCCGUCGUUCUUGUGUGGCGACUUUAAUACUGAGCCUAGUGACGAACCGUAUCGAAUUCUCACUGAAGCUGGCUUUAAAGAUGGGCGGAUUACUAUUGAUUCGAAGUUUGCGUAUGGGCAUGAGUCUACAUUUACAGGGUUUGAUUUGGACAAGGAGCCGGAUUCUAUUAUUGAUUAUAUUUGGUCGCCCUAUUUUACCAAGCUGGCUCAGCGAAGCAGGGAGAAAGAGGUGGAGGAGAAGAAUCAAAUGAUCAACUACUAUAAUUUGGAUCAUCAUGAGUAUUACGACAUUGUGUUGAAACUGUUUGGGAUAUUGGGUAACUUUUUCCACGGUUUUUAUUUUUCGGACCAUCGUCCCGUUGUGGCUACGUAUGAAUUGACAAGGACCAGAUUGAUUUAA